CAUGUCACUAACUGUACACCACUCUCACCAAAACAAGCAAUAUGGCGCUCUUCAGGAAGAUCUUACCGCGAAGCGUGAUGAAACGCAACUCAAAAGACAGUUUAACAUCAGACAGCAGCACAUCUCUAGUGAGCGACGACAACACUGACUGCAAGGUAGCACAGACAGACGACAGCGUGUGCGACAUCAUCGACAUAUUCAUUGAUGACAUCAAAUAUGACGACAAAAGGGGGGAUCUAAAUUCACGCUAUUCGCUGCACAGGCGACGAGACCGGAAGUUAUCCCGCAUGAAACAUGGUCUGUUAGAAAUGGACUCAGAAAUGAAGGAGUUACAGCGCAUGCUCACCAGAACGGAAGCGGAAAUAAAGGCGGUGGAGGGUGAAGCGAAGGAAAAGCUGCAAGAGUUGGAAAACGUUCUAAAACGUGUUGAUGUAGAGACGGAAGUAGAAGUGAAGAAGAAGGAGCCAUUAUUGUUUAAGAAAUACACCAAUCUGAAAACAUCAUCCGACUGUAAAAGCCUCAUCCGUACUGUCCGUCAGAAACACAGAGCGUUGCAACACCUGGAGCUGCUCGUCUACCGGAAGUACGUCAAAUUCCAACAUGGCGGAAUACCAAGCCCAGACAAGCCGAAGGCAAAGAUGUAUUCCCUCCUUCCGGUAAAGCCAAUGAGAUUGAAACCAUGUAAAACGUUUUCUGGAUCCAAAGACCUCCCUGAGGGUAUGGUGUUUGUUGAGAUAGAGGACCUGAAAAGCCCUGAUAACUUGAGAAUGGACCUGACCGUAGAGGAUGAAGACAUGCCGCUCACAUCGUACGACGUGCCCCUCGAGACCGAGGUGUGAUGUGGAAUAAAUAGUCGGGUAUUUACGUGACAUUUUGCACGCAGCAUCCGCUGAUUCAUCCAGAGUUAUCCCCUUUGAGACAGAGACGAUUGCAAGUGUCCUCAACGAGAUAUGUUUUGUUCUGCCAAGAAUAACUUACAAUGGAUGAAACAACACACAACGCCAAGAAUAAUGGCCGAUUGCCAAUGCAAGACACAUACAGAACUGUCUUCACGGAUGACAUAUUCCAUAACAAAUUUUCGAAAAUAUGCUUUAAAAUGAAGAAAUGCCCACCUAUCAUUCAAAGUAUUGUAUAUAAUUCAACUGUGCAUUUUAACUAGAAACAGGUGUUCGGCACGGUACUGACAUGCCUCAAGGUCACAAUACGGAUGUUUGCAUUAUGAAUUAUACCAUUCACGGGAAUUAUACCAUAAUACUGUUGUGGAUUUGGAAGGACUUGACCUGUGUUUCACCGAAUUAUCCAGCUUUGAUCCUUUCACUUUUCAUCCCCGAUUGACCUCAUCCAGUUAUGAGGUAUUACCAGGAACAGGCUGUGUUUAAAUAUUUCUAUGACACAGUAACCACAUGCUGCCUCUCUGUUUACUUAUUGGUUUGUUUUUGUUCACGUCCCUCAGGUCACUGAAUUCACAUUCCUUAAGUCCUUGAAUUCACCUGCCUUAUGCUUUUGUAUUCACAUGUGCUAUGAUUUUGUAUUCACAUGUCCUAU